UUCAUUUAAACUGACUAUAAAAGUCGGCUUGUCAACGCCUCGGGUGGCGCCAGUUUUGAACGGUGCUGUUUGAGUUGUCUGGCUGUUUUUCUGGGUGUCGCCGGGAUUGCAGAACGCGAUGACGGUCCCCUCUGCAGAGGAGCUGGACUCCUUCAAGUACAGUGACCUGCAAAAUUUAGCCAAAAGGCUGGGCCUCCGGGCUAACCUGAGGGCAGACAAGUUGUUAAGAGCCUUGAAAGCCCACCUGAAUCCAGAAGCAAGGAAAGAAAAUAAAAAUCAGGAUGAGAAUCAGUCUUCUGCAUUCUCCUGUGAUGAGACUGAGAUGCAAAUUAACUGUGAGGAGCAAGCUGAGAGGAAACCAGUUGGUCAUGUCACCACAACAAGAAGGAAGCGCAAGACAGUCCAUGGAAUUCCUAACUUCCAGGAUCAUUCUGAGAUAAAAAGAAGUGAUCGUACUACAUUACAGAAUCAAGAAAAGCAGGAAAAUCAAGACCUCAAAACUACUACGAAAGUUCCUUCUCUGCCAAACCAGAGCCAAGAAGACGGGAGCGCAGCUUCCUCAGGAGAGAGUGAAGUCAACGACGUUAAAGAUUCAAAGAUGCCUUUGGAAAAAAAAUCUCUAUGCACAGAUGGGUUUUCCAAACGUGGGAGCAAUAAAAAGACUGCAGCCACCACACCAAACUUUAAAAGGCUUCAUGAGGCUCAUUUUAAGAAAAUGGAAUCCAUUGAUGAAUAUAUUGUGAGAAAAAAGAAACACUUUAAAGAACACAAUUCACUUAAUGAACUAAAGCAGCUUGAGAAAAAAGGGAUAGUGACCCCAGUUCCAGCAAGAGGAAGAUUCUCUGUACCCUAUACUCCUGCCAGGCAGCAGUUCUCACAAGACCAGUCCCAUGGCCCUGAAAGUCUGAAGGGGUCAGACAAGCACUCUGUGCUUUCAGCAACUAAAAUGAAUGUCAGGUUUUCAGCUGCUACUAAAGAUAAUGAACAUAAGUAUUCACUGACCAAGACUCCGGCCAGAAAGUCUCCACGUGUGACCCUACCUGGGAGUGCCUCAAAAAACCAGGCUGUGUUCAGGACACCCAAGCUAAAGACCACUGAGAGGAAUUCUACUACUGCAGUUCUUACCCCAUUCCAGUGGUCAGCUGAAGCAGCACAGACUCCAGGCUCCAGUAAGAAGCCAGUGUUUGAUCUCCAGGCAAGCUUGUCUCGUCCCCUCAACUACAAGCCACACAAAGGAAAGCUGAAACCUUGGGGGCAAUCUAAAGAGAAUAGUUCUCUGAAUGAGUGUGUAAGCAGAGUUAGCCUGCACAGGAAAACUUACAAACAGCCUCAUCUCCACACCAGGGAAGAACAACGGAAGAAACACGAGCAAGAACGAAAGGAGAGGAAGGCAAAGGUCUUGGAAGCUCGAAGAAACCUGGUUACGACCAAAGCCCAGUGAUACCGUCCAGUCCUUUCCUUCCAAUUUGUUUUCCUUCUCUUGGUGUUUUUAUACUCUCCUCUACGUUAGUCCAAAGCUUUUUCUACCAUAACUGUCUGUCGGUCCUAAUUUGUGGAGUGUCUGCUCUUCAUGUGCUAUAGCUCUGAAAAUACAUUCUCAUCCUAAAGUUCACAACUAAAGUGGUUUUCACCUAAUGUCCUGUAAAACUCUGCUUUUUAAAGUCCUGUCCUUGGGGUUCUUGACGGGUUUUCCAUGUCAAGGUCCUGCUAGUUCUAACAGGGACGACCUGCAUCCUUUCCUGGACAAGAGCACUUCCCACAUGGCACCAAGCCAUAGCAGAAGCUUAGCAUGAGAAUCUGAGUGAGAUCAAGUUCACAGGAAAAAGGAGGCUGGAGAGGCCACCUUUUUGUUCACUAGUCUGGAAAAUCUAAUAAUCUUAUUUGGCUAUGAAUCAAUAUUUUAUCAAGGUAAAGACAUGUUUUAGCUUAUAGGAGCCUUGUUCAGAUCAUUUCAUGUAAUUGCCAACUGUCACUCAUAUUUUUAAAACAGAAUUCUUUGUCUCUACUUGUUAAAUAAAAGCCACAGGGCAGAGGGUGUGCCUCAGUUGUACAGCACUUGUCUACCACACACUGGACCCUGGAUUUGACCUGUUACCAUCAAAACCAAAACAGAAUCGCUGCUGUACAAGUUGCCAUGUCUGUCAGACUUAAACCUUACUAGCUGUAAGGGAGAGAGGAGAGCAGCUAAACAUAGCUUCAGUUCUUUGCUCUGCCAGACAGAGAUUCUGAGUGGUGUGUAAUGCUUAUGAUUUUCAUAAAUAAAAAUGUUUUCACUGUGA